UAGGCAGCAAGAGGACAGAAAGCACUGGGACAAGCCAUAAGGGAUACAUAGAGUUACAUAGGGACUACAUAGUGACUAUAGAAGCCAUACGGGGUACAUAGUGAUACAUAGAGACUAUAGUACAAGCCGUAAGGUAUACCACGAGAUAGAUAGGGACUAUAUAGAGACUGUAUCAGAAGCCAUAAGGGAUACACAGUGGUGCAUAGGGACUAUAUUAUACGACAUACAUGGUGAUACAUUGAGAAUAUACUGGAAGCCAUAAGGAAUACAUAGUGAUACAUAAAGACUACACUACAUAGGCGCUAUAUUAGAAGCCAUAAGGAAUACAUAGUUAUACAUAGGUACUACGUGGGUAAUUUCAGCAUGUUGGUGGUGUGUGUUGCUGUGAUCUUCAGUCUGGGUUCAAUGUGUCAGACGGCUCCUGUUUCUCAAACCUGCGAGACUCUUCUGAAACCUCUAGAGAUGAAAACCAUAGAUCCGUUGAUAGGAAAAUGGUCCAUUAUAGCAUCUAGUAACAACCAACCAGGUGCCGGCACUGUGGUUGGCCUUUUCAUGGAUAACAUUUGGUCAGACAUGUCACCAGGGACCCACCCCGACAUGCUCAAAGACACUCUUUACAUGAAAACAUGGGAUGGAAGAUGUUCCAGUUACAAUCUCAACAUGACCCUGGAAAACAACAAGCUCAGCUGGACCUAUGUUGUCCCUUCUUCCGCGGUCUUCCUGCCUACUUGUCCGGACUGUCUUUUGACCCGGACUUCCACCAUCAUCCAUGGAAACACCUACAGCUCUCUGGAAUUCACCAGUAAGAGAAGAGAACUCUCUGCUAGUGACCUGUUGCAGUUCAAGACCCAGGUUGACUGCCUCAACUUGCCAGCUGCCGUUUUCCUCAACACAAAGACAGAGCAUUGUCCAGAGAGCACCGAACCAUUGCCUGAAAUGGAAGACAUCUACAACAAGACGAUAGCCUUAAUGGAGACAGAUAUUUUCAAGUUUUUUUUGAGGGCCACAGAUUAUCUUAUUAAGAAGGCAGACUGGGUGGGAUGGCUUUAAAGGAAUUGUUAACGUGGUGUGUUAGAUCUUUCCAAUUUCCAAUGAAUAGAAUCAGGUGUAUUUAGCUGCACUUAAUGAAAGCGGCGUUAGUAGAACCAUUUAGACUGUUUGUCUCCAUAAGGAUCCCCAUUACUGACCUUGCAAAGUGUAACUUCUCAUGGAACUUAAGGACAUCCAUCAAAAACAACACCUGAUGAAGGUCUGAAAUGCGUUUUACUAUCUAUAAUUGUUGUGAUACUGGAGGUUUGCAACAGGUUGUAUCAGCAGUUUUAUGCAUGAGAAUGAAAGUUUAUAUGAUAUGACUGGCUUGUCAUUCUGUGUCCAUAAAGGCCUUCCAAUAACCACA